AUGAGUAUGCAGGUGAAUCAAAUAAAUUCGAGCGGAGGUGCUGGAACAGCUACAGCCACAGCACCCAGCACGUCAGUAAACGGUUGUGAUGUGAGUGGUGAUUUGCUAGAGGCAGAGUUUGUUGAUCCUUCAUUAUCAAUGAGUACUACGCUUCCAGCUAAUAAGGAAGUUCGUAUACAGCUAGCAUUGCAAUAUUUCAAACAGCAACAACAACGUGAUUUGCCGUCGCAGAAUACUUCGAUGACAAUAGGAGGUGUACAUCGUAGUGCGACUGGAGGGCAUGCUCCAAGACCGAAGCAGUCUUUAAGGCAGAUUGCGAUGUUUUUCCAGAUCCCCAAGUCUACUCUGUACGAUAGGCUGAAAAACAGCAAGAAGCAACGAAGCACAUCCAACAGUGUAGGGCCGACUACUAAAACAGUGCCGAAGGUCCGGGUGGCUUCCAAUAGCAAUUCUAAUAGCACGAGUCAUCUGAUCCAGAUGAAACUCGACCCGGCUAGGGAGGAACAACUGUUUCUGUAUUUGCGUAAAGUCUGUCUCGCAUACGGCAACUUGCCAAACUUGGUUCAGUUGAAGUUCCUAGUUUCGCAGGAGAUUAAGCAUAUUACAUUAGGGCGGAAAUGGGUAUCUAAUUUCAUCAAGAGACACAAUGAUCAGAUAAUAUAUGGCUGGGAGGUGUUCCAUAAUCCGAUCAAGUUCGAAGACUUCAAGAAGUGGAAGAACCAAUUCACAUUUCUAUGGAUUUGGUUCGUACCGUUACUACAAGAAAUAAUGAGGAAGUGCAUGUCCAAUGGUGAGGUUUUUUACUAUUUAGUGAGAGUACCUAUAUCGUAUGAAGUGUUGGCUAGCUGUUUCAUCGGCUUUAAAGUGGACCCUGACAUGACCUUGGGUCUGGCCUUUGAACCAGAGUUGGUCACCUUCAGAAACAAUAACUCCAGUCUGAUGCACAAGGAGGAACGUAUCAAAACUUUGAACGGCAUCCUUCAAAAAUGUUAUCGGAAACUCCCUCAUAACGCAAAACUCGUUGUCUUUGAAGGUUUCAACGAUCAGUACCAUUGGGAUUUCGAGGAUUGCAUCCGCCUGGUCAACCCCGAAAACUUUAUUGCAUUACCGUGGGGCAGACACAUCCUAUCAAGGCUAAUCGAAUUUGGCCCAGAACUAGUCCGCAUAUAUGACCCUCAAACAGUUAAACUCUCCUGGAAUGAGACCCAUUUCAAACUUCAAGAUAUCAAGACAGAACUCAAAAUGUUCAUGAGUCUAUCCACGGAUACUUCCUCCGCAAUAGACAUCUCCCUCCCCGCCCUAUCUGCCACUUCUGCCCCCCCUUCCAGGCCGAUCGAUAUCGAACUGCAAGCCACCAACACUGCAGCCACAGCUGCGGUCAGCGUAGACGAUGACGAGGACGAAAAUAACGAUGACAACGGUGACAACGAAAAUGAUAAUGACAACGACGCAGCCAGCGUCGCAGUCGCCAUUCUCGAACAUCAAUCUGCUGCUACACACACCGCUGCUGCUACCGCCACGACGAGCCCUCCAAUCGCAUGCACGGAUGCGCUUCCUCAGCAGCUCAAGGACAUCGUCGCCACAAUCGAUGACCACGAAGAUCAACUAUACAACAACCUUAGAGACCCCAAUUCAAAGGUUAUAUUGAAUAACAUCUUCAACCGCCUGCGAUCUGUCGUCGACAAUGACACAUCGUAA